UUCCCGAUCGGGAGAUUUCUUGGCGUGCCCCAAUGCCUAUGAGUCUCAACUUCAACUACUUCUCACGUUUCUCUCAUUUCAUUUAGCCUUUAUUUGCUCUCUUCUUGUAUUCACCUCUGGUUCAUCGUCAUUUAUUCUGACACUGGAUAGCCCUCCCUCCUGUCAAUGAAGAAUCCCCGUUCAAAUCCCCGUUCAAGUCUCCGAGAAAAACGGGUGCCCGCUAUGGAGGUUCAAUCGUCCCAGAAUCCCCUGGUGACACUACCAACAUUUCGGGAACAACCUUUGUCCAGCUUGAGUCGGGAAUGGACCUUGAUCCGGAAAUGAUGCUAGAGGUUAUUCCUGAUCUUGAGCGGGCGGGCAAAACCGUCCUGGAGUUCCUCGCUCCGAGAACGGCGACUCCGGUGGUGAUCGUGAAUAAAGCCAAAACGCUCAGUGAUCCCAGAAACACCCAAAGUAGACGCCUUCGCCGCUUGACGACAAACCUGGAUAAUGAAAUACAGCACUUUGGGAGUCAAACUUAUAUUGAUGUUGGAGACAUUAGUCAUCUGUUCGCUUUUACCCUUGGAGGCAGACGGGGUGAAUUCAAUGACUGGGGACCAGAACCCAUCGUGCAAAUGGCCAACUGCGCACGCUUUGCAGUUGAGAUACUUCUGGCCGGUACUAGUACAAACUCCCAGAGGCGGGCAAUACAGAAUAUCGAGAAUCUAUUCCCGCUGCCUUUUAUGACCCGCCUGGUUGGCGCUGAACAAGAAAAAGCGGCCGGUGAAAGUUCCUUGGAGAAAGAGACCUUUGAGCUUGGUUUAGAGAUUCGAAAGCAGUCCCUGAUCCUGCAAUUGGAAGAAAACCAUGGUAAGCCUGGGUUCAGCGCUAAGAACGCCGUUAGAAUGUGCUUCUUUACAGGAUUGUCUCGCAAAUCUCCACCGCGUGGAUUUAAUUUGCCAAAUUUCGGUGGUUCUGACGGUGCACUUCCCGAGCAAUAUCGAGGUUUCGUUGAGAAUCUCUACAACGAGAUCCUUCUGUCAGACACUGAGGAUGGCAUUGACGUUGAGGAAUUGCGAGGUUCAUACCUUUGGAAAAGGUUUGUCCUCGCGGCAGCAGGGUGGGUCCGCAAGAGGACAGAAGAAAUCGACGAGGAAUUGCAAAAGCGCAUGACUGCGCAAGAAGUCCACGACGCAUUUUUUAAUUCAAAGCACCCUAGCUUUGCCAGCACCUUGGGGGCUUCAGAAGCGGAGCCAAGCGGUGAGACGCAAGAGGACGAACUAGAAACCACGCAUCAACAGAGCGUUGAACAGCAAACUACUGAAGUGCCGGAGCAGCAGCAGCAGCAACCUAAAUCACUAACUGUCCAAGGGGAUGCGGAGCGGAGACGGUCUUCCAGACCCUCAUAUUUGAACGCUCUCUCUAUUCAACGCAUCACACAAAGACACGAUCGACUCCGUACUGGGGCAUCUGGAAAUUCCCGAAAAUCCGACAUUGUCCACCCAGUCUCUCGAACAGUGAACGAGCAGCCUACUUCCAUCCGUCGCCGAAGCUCUUCAGAUCUUCCCUCGAGCCGCCCAGCCCAGCAAAAUGUGCCUCACGAGGUUCCGCAGUCGUUCGACGAUGUCUCUCCUACUUUGGGACCUGACGAGGACAUCACUUUCGAGGAUGAUUCACAACUCGCCAUCGGGAACGAGGACCCUCAAAUAGAGAGGUCUCGCAGCCCCGCUCCUAUCCCCAGGAGCAGAGCGCCUUGGAGUCAGGGAUCUGGUACUAGGAAUCAAGGCUCAGGUGAAAUGACACUGACCCAACGCAUAUGGGAAGCAACCAAGACCGGACCCGGUCGUAGUGCUGCUACACGGUUUAUUGACCGACAACACGACGCUGCGCGAGUUUCCCCGAUUCGAGACAGUGACUCUGAUAGUGCAGUGAGACGCGUUGAACAGCGUGCAUCUCGCAAGCGUGCGCGGCGAUCAUCCGAGUCCGAGUCCGAGCCCGAAGUUGGUCCAAGCUAUUUUGAUUACGACAGACGCUCGGUUGAUCUCGAAAGCCGACGAAGGGAGAAACCACAAGAAUCGAGACGCAAGCGUGCACGGGUGGAGGAACCAGAAACUCAAGGUGACGCCAAUGUUGACACCAACGAAGAAGAAGCCCCAAGUCCAGAACCUCCAAGACAACGCACUGUGCCCAGCUCUCAGCCCACCGCCAGAGUACGAUGGACGGAAGAGGAGGACAAGAGACUACUACGUUUGAUGAAAGAUCACUCCAACAGCUGGGCAGUGAUCGAGAGACAGAACCAGGCACAGCCGCCGAGGGAGGGCGAAGUGCGAAUUGAGGGACGAGACCAGGGGGCGCUCAAGGACCGUGCUCGGAAUAUCAAGAUUGCAUACUAUCGCGACGGAAUCGAAAUUCCUCCGUACCUCCAGCCCGUGACGAUGAAGAAGAAGGAUUAUGAGAGGCUUGAAGCACGGGGGAUUGUUGUACCCCGAUGAUUGGUAUUAUGAACGAAUUAUGCAUUGCAGCAAGAUACCCCAGCUUGUUGACGUUAUGACUCAAUACAUUCUUAUUAUUCUCGUCUAUGAAACUACUAUACAUGAGCCUCGAGUACGGCAAAGCGAUUGUGGUAUCUAAUAAUCAAAUGUCCUGCCUACAAGCGUAGGUAGGUAGAGUAAAUAAUACUACUACUACUAGUAGUCGGUAUAGUAAGAAGUAACAAAUGUUCCGGACCGAAGUGUAGGCCCUGAUCUGAC